CCCCUGUCUGGGCAAUAAUGGCGCCGUCCUGUGGCGUAGUUUUGAGGACAAGGGCAAGUCCGCCUGUCUCUGUCAGAGUUGUUUUCACGUGUGGGAAUCAAACAUGGCGAGGUUUUUGAGGCCUAACAUCAGGAGCUUUGUCACCUCACAGCUGAGAAUGUCAUCCGACCAGCUGGGUGAGCUGGGUAAAGGUGCAGGUAAAGGUGGUGGCGGUGGAGGGUCCAUCAGAGAAGCAGGUGGAGCCAUGGGGAAGAAGCAGGCUGCUGAGGAGGAGAUGUACUUCAAGCGUAAGGAGCAGGAGCAGCUGGCUGCACUGAAGCAGCACCACCAGGAGGAAAUCGACCACCACAAGAAAGAAAUUGAACGUCUGCAGCGUGAGAUCGACCGCCACAAGGGAAAGAUCAGGAAGCUGAAGCACGAUGACUGAGUGAAACCAUCCUGAAAAACAAAGUUCCAGUUUUCUCACCGAUCCAGCAAGACACUACUACUCUAGUCAGAUUUCUGCAUGCACUGUGUCAAUGUGCCAGUGUUGAAUGUAUGGGUGAAUGUUCUGUAAAUGCUUGAAAGUUAUUAAAACUGGUCAUGAAAUGAUCAUUAUUUCCAAUGGCAUGCUGUGACACAAGUUUUUGCUUUAAGCCCUUUCCCUUUUAUUUUGUUAGUGUGCUGUGUGUUGCAGGCAAAAAGCCAAAGUAGAAAAUUUAAAAUAUCUUUUUAAGCUUCAUAUGAAAAUAUCAACGUACCUUCUUGUGUGAUGUGUAAAUAAAAGUAUAAUAUAAGUGGA